AUGCGGACGUCGACCGUUUAUACCCGCAGGUACUAUGGGAGCGGGGGUAUGGGGGGCGGAGGAGGGCUACAAGCCACGGACCUCCGGCGAAGGCUCGAGUUCCAGUGUACCGGAGGAACUUGUUCGCAGGCUCUGCGGUCCCUAAGGCACGACAGCUACCAUGCUACCGAGGAGAACGCCGCGUGUGACGACUACGAGGACAGGAGGACUGACCACGAAGCGAUCCUCGCUUCCGGUCAGCCUACCUGCACAGGCUGCCGGCGAUCGUAUAGGCGCCAGGAGAGCGAAGAGGUUGAGAAAAAGGAGACUCUGAAGCGACGCAUGCCCGAAUCGGAUGAGAUCGGUGCGGUGUACCGGAAGCUGCGGCUUUGCCUGGGCCUUUUCGAGCACGCGAGUAAAAACGAUGAGACGGAAGAGGACGACGAGAAGAAGAGGCAUCGGUUACGGUGGUGUCGCAGGGGCUUCCGACGAAUCGUGGAAGUGGCGACAAGAGCUCUGCUCCUUGGCAUCGCGCUUCUCGUCACGCCAGGCAAGUGA